UGGGCCGAAGCAGAUACGGUAGUGUUUGUUUACGAAGAAGUUUAUUUGGGCUUCACCGAACUAGAUCCAUUGUAGGAGGAAACUGAGUAAUCUUUGUCGACAUUUCAUUAGAGCUUCCUUUAUAGGGUUUUGAGCAAGCUGUUUUGUUCUUCACCUUCUUCAUCUUCUUCACUGUGAAAAAACGAUGCAAUUUCUGAAUCGAAUCAUACGGUAUCAUCCUUCAACUUACUCUACUAAUAGUGCAAUUAUUUUAUCAAAUCAUCUAUUCUCAGAAUCAACGCCAUUUUCGUCUUCAAGUUUCAAGCUAUUUCGAAAUUCUAGGGUUUUCUCGAAUGAAUCUGGAAAUGAAUGGGAUAAAAAUCACAAUAUAGAUGAUAAAUUUGAGUGGAAUGAUAGUUCAUCUUCAUCGUGGUCUACUGGAUUAACGAAAGAUCACUUCGACGGAGAAGCUGUAGGUCGUCAGAUUUCUCCAAUAUCGGCAUCGCAACCGCGAGAAGUAUCAGGAGCUUCGGUUUCUAAUGGUGAUCCAUUGGAGAAAUCUCUGAAGAAACAAAUGGUGGAAUUACAGCGAUUGGCGAGGCGAGAGGCGAGGAGAGAAGGCGUAGAAGGAUUCGGAGAAGAGUUUGCUGAGAAGGCAAGGGAGAUGAGUAGGUUGAUGAAGCAAAUUAAUGAGCCUGGUGCUAGAGGUUCAUAUUUGAAGGAUUCGGAGAAGAUUGAAAUGUAUAGAUUGCAUAAGGAGAAUCCUGAGGUUUAUACUGUGGAGAGGUUAGCUAAGGAUUUUAGGAUUAUGAGGCAAAGAGUUGCGGCUAUUCUUUGGCUUAAGGAGCUUGAGGAAGAAGAGGAGAAAAAGCUUGGUGAGCCUUUGGACGAUUCGAUCGAGCUUUUGAUUGAUAGUUUCCCUGAAUUCUUUAUUUCCCAUGAUAGGGAGUUUCAUGUAGCUUCACUUCCAUACAAACCUGAUUUUAAAGUCAUGCCUGAGGGCUGGGAUGGCACCACUAGGGAUCCGGAUGAAGUACAUUAUGAGAUAUCAAAGAAGGAAGACGAUAUGUUGUACGAAGAGUUCCUUCAAAGGUUUAACUUCAACAAGAUGAAAUUCAAGGGGAAGGUUCAAGUGCACAGAUAUACUAGGAGGCGUCCUUCAGAUGGUUGGAGUUUAACAGUGGAGAAGUUAGGACCUCGGGGAAAGCGUGGAGGAAGUGGAGGAUGGAAAUUUGUGAGUGAACCAGAUGGAUCAACACGUCCAUUGAAUGAAACGGAGAAGAUGUAUGUCAAGAGAGAAACUCCUCGUCGACGACGAAAGAUUCUCCCGUAAGAAGCAGAGAUGAUGUUUUCAACCAGUUGCAAUAAUUUAGGCAGGAAUUUGUUUUUUUGAAUUCACUUGUAUGAUAGAGCUUAUACCUUUGCUCCUAAAUUGUAUUAUCACAAAUCAGCAAAUUUUGUACCCCUGGAUCUGGUGUUGAGAAUGGGAGACAAUUCCUACAGCUUUAAAAACUAAGGCGUUGUUGACAUACGGGCGAAUAAAAUGAUCCACUUGGGUUAUUUUGUUAAAUCACUUGUUAAAAUCUAUUUUCUCAUAUAGUUUUUAACUAGUAAUUUGACUAAAACACCCUUGUGGCGGAUCAUCCUGUCCAGUCCUGGGAUCGAAUUAUGUUUCCUGGAGCCAACGUCUCGCCAGGCCAGCCAGGGAAUACUUGCUCCUAAUGUAGACAAGGAGCAAAAGGCUGAAUAUUGUAGAAGGUUUUCAAGUUUGUAGGUUUUUGCGUAUUUGGUAAAACACCCUAGUGAUUUUGUUAGGCAUAUUGCUCUUCUUGUCACACCAGUUGGCAACUUAAUCAUGUAUGCAGUAUGAUGAUAAUCUUUCUAUUUUGAGUAA